UGAAAGUGGGGGCGUUACCGGAAGACAGUCGCUGAAGUCGCGCACAGAUAACUGUCCUGUCGUGGUUGCUAUGGCCGAAGCAUCUCCAUGUCAACAAUAGAGAGGACAAACUUCUGUUGCCACACUGUAAAAGGCAUGAAAAGGUGAUGGCUGAAACUGUUGACAGCAAGAAAGAUGAGCCAGACUAUAAAAGACUUCACAGUUUCCCACUGAUUCGGCACACAGACAUGCCGGAGGAGAUGAGAGUGGAGGCGAUGGAGCUGUGUGUCACAGCCUGCGAAAAGUUCACCACCAACAAUGAGAGUGCUGCGAAGAUGAUAAAAGAGUCCAUGGAUAAGAAGUUUGGCAGCUCGUGGCACGUGGUGAUCGGAGAGGGCUUUGGCUUUGAGAUCACACACGAGGUGAAGAACUUGCUGUACAUGUUCUUCGGCGGCAGUCUGGCGGUCUGCGUAUGGAAGUGCUCUUAACACAUGGUGUCUCCUGCUCGUGACUCACCCUGUUUCUCUACCAUCACUAUCAUGCCUCUCUCUGUCUCUCACUCAUUCAAAUGCAAUUCUUCUUCAUCUGUGUGUAUUUGUGCAUGUGGUUUGUGUGUUUGUUUGUGUGUGUGUGUGUGUGUGUGUGCGUGUGCGCGCAGACGUGUGAGUGUGUGUGUGCGCAUUUGGCAGGACCUGUUUGUCUCUGUGGGCAUCUUGGCCAUCUGUUACAGAAUGUUCCGCUCUCACUCAGUUUUUUUUAAUUUUUAUAAAUUGCUCCAAUAUUCAUCUGCUGAUCUCAUCCUUGAGACGUGCAUCCUGUCCUCACAGUCUGUCCUGUCUGGUGCUUUACCUUUCCUGUGAGAUUGAGAAAAAAAGGACUUUUAACUAUUACUGUUGUAAAUAUUUUAAUGCAGUUUUUGGGAAUAACACUGACUUUUUAAAAACCAAUUGUGUACAAAAGUAUUAUUAUUAUUAUUCAUCCUAUAUCAUAUACAUCCUAAAAGGGCUUAAUCAUUGAUAACUUUAAAGAAAUGUUAAUAUUGUAAAGCCUGCACACACCACUACCGGAACUGUCCUGGUCAAUUCGCCUGGCCUGGCCAAUUAGGCCUGCUGGGUUACGGUAACUAUGGUAUGACAUCACUAACAUAGCGGGACUCUGAAUGUAAUGCUGCUUUCAAGUGGUACCGGGUUAUGGUCUACAUGAGUUUCCCAACAGGAAUGUACACAUGAAUACCUUAUUGUGUCGGAUGAUCAAGUCUGGGAAAUCGGGAUUCUGGAUUCAACACGAAUUGGCCCAGUUGUGACAUAAUCGCUCUGGCUAACGUGAUCAAAAAAACACAGAGUCCUGCGUGGACAGUAAGACAUUUCAUACAACAAAGCCAUAAGGGAACCACAGAUACAAAAUUAAAACACACAGAAUUAUUUAAUAACUAUAUUACUGCAGCAUUAAAUUCCCUGUGGUAUUUGCAUUCUUAACCCCCUGAAAUAGCCAAAGAUUGCUCACUAUGACUAGCGAGUCGAUUGCUAGCCUAGAAGGUAAACAGUCUUACAGGAAUUGAUGUGCAACCACACAUAAUCAAUCACCCCCUCCUUUCGUUCAACUGUCUGACCAUAAAGCAUGUGAAUACGAAUGAGUCGGUUAGCCGAGUCCUUGCGUAUUCCUGACUCAGAGAAAACUACAACCCGACAUCACUUGAAAGCUGGGUAAUUGGUGCAAAAAGUCCACAUGACCGUGGAAAAUUCCUGAAACUUUAAUCUGAGACCUCAGGUUCAUAGAGAGUAAACAGAUUAAUUUUGCUUUUCGGCACUGCUGAUGAUACUUCAGUUUGGUUCCAUCUGAAUUGGGAUAUAGAAUGUCUCAAUGAUUUGCAGAAAAAGUGCAAUGUUCGGCCUCUUAGAUGUUCUCUGUAAAUGAUCCACCUUUCGAAUCAACUGUUGGCACAAGUGAGUAGCUGCCCUUAGGGUUUGUUGUGUAUGAAUCCUUGUGACACGGUGUUUAGCUACAGCAGGGCAGCAUUUCUGUGGUUGUAAAUGUAGCUGUCGUCAUCCAUGCCUGUGUCCAUCACUCCCCUACAUUGCAGAAGCGGAGAACUCGUACACAAUGUCAUGGAAACGUGCACGAUUUGCCCAAGCAGUCUUUCAGUAGCCUGAUUGGUAGUAUGAUGUCACCACUUUGCACAAUAUCAAUCUGGAAGGUUUGUCAUUUAUGUAUUUAUUUUGGAAAUCUUUAGCUCUGACUGACACAGUUCCCUAAUCCCUUACCCUGGCUGGCGAUAGGUAGGUUAGGAGGCCAUGGUGUUAUGACUGGGUAUUUCCUGACAGAGCUUCACUCAGGACAGCAAGCCUGGUCCCAGCACUGAAUGGGGAUGAAGGGGAGAUCACUGGGGAAGUGGCGUGUCUCGUGAUGUAGCGGCCAUUUUGUUCUCAUUCACUGAAGGCGUGACGUAGUUAUUAAUAAUACAGGGUUCUCUCUCUACAUCACCACCAGUUUAAAAGCUAUCUUUGCCACCUUUUGUCCUCUAUGAACACACGUUCCACCAGUAAACCACUUCAGUUGUUAACAUUCCAGUAUUAUGACAGUGCCAUUAUUAUGGCUAAUGGGGAAGAUUGCCCUUGGUUUCUUGUUGGUGUCGUAAUAAGGAUAGUCUGUUAUUGUGUUACUUUAAUUUUGUUAUUAUGUUGACAUUGUCAUUUUCAGUUGUGUAGUCAUGAAUGAUCUCUGUAAUACUGUUCGAAUUGAAUUGUUGUAUAAUAAAACCUGAAUUUGAUUACA